AUGGCGAUCUUGGAUCAGGAACACCAGCAGCGGAUCCCUGUGAAGGUCACAGCCUUCCGUCAGUUUGCUGCGAACUUGAUGGCUCAGCUGACGGAGCAGCUGUGCCUCGAGUUUGAGCGCGAGGUCAGUGCCAUGACUGAGGACUUGGUACUCUACCAAGGUGAGCUCGCCAGGUGUGGAGAACUUUUGGCGCAUCAGCUGGGCCGGGAGAGACAAUUGCAUGGCAUGUUGGAAAGUAUGGCGGGCAGCACUGGAAGCCUCGCUGUUUCCGCUGGUGAACUUGGAAAAAAUGCACCGAACGAAGCGUCUCGUCGACAGUUGCAUGAGCUUGUGGAGCAGCUAUUCGGUCACAGUACCAAUUUGCUCAGCAAUACCGUGAACGGCGUGAAUGAGGCAUAUUCAGUGGCCCAUAGCCACUUGACGCUUGCAAAGGAGUUGCGGGCUCAAACUCACAACGCUGAAAUGGAGCUGAAUCGGAUCAUGGCUCUCCUCGGUGCACCACCAGCGGCUGGGCGUUGCAGCCCACCACAGACAGCUGUGCCUGGGCAACUGUCGCCCAUACCGCAGGCCAAAGGGGUGCAGAAUUCAGCGCGUGCAGCUGCAGUGGCGAUUGGCCCAAGACCAGUUGGAAUCGAAGGUGCACCUUCGACGUGUCCAACCGCGUGUCCACUCACACUCGCACAGAGUCCCGUGGGCCUGCCGCCGGCACGGGCACUUGGAGGACCUGUCCACGGUGCCAGUGGGCUGGUUACUCCUGGCAACAAGGCUGAGGCCACUUGCAUCAAAUGCGGAAGCACAUACGCCGCCGAUUCAAAUUUCUGUCGCAGAUGUGGCCACAAGCGGAUAGAGGCCUUCCUGCCUGAUCACACCUAG